GUCGAGCAACUGGAAUGGAUUUUGGCAGGCACAAGGCCCAUGCAGCUUGGACCGACAUGUGCCAAGUUGCGCGCGACCGCAAACUUGGGCGCUUCCUGGCCAAGGGGAGGCUCAGACACGUGGACGUCUGCCACAUGAUCCUGGCGACGUUCGGAGCUAGUGGAGAUGACGCGCCAGGCUUAUCAGUUCGUAGAUUCGCAAGACAAUUCAGAAGCUAUUUAUCAGAGCACCCUGAGCUCGGGGAUUCCUACGACUCCACCACGGUGAGCCUCAGCAUUUUGCCCCAGGUGGUGAAGCACUGGUGCCGCGUGGACAUUCGAGAGUCUGACGUGGCCGAACUCGCCACCGAGCUGUCGCCUAAGCCCCCGUGCGCGCCUGAUGGCCCUGCACCGAUGGGGAGGAGGCGAGCUGUACGGAAGGCCAACGCCUUGGCAACGUUGGCCCCCCUCCCCGACAUGUUCGGCGCCGCGGUGCCGGACGCAGGUGCCGAGCAUGGUGAGCUACCGACGCCGCUGGCAGAUGUGCAUACCUACAGCCAGAUGGUGAGCGUAGUCCCUCAGCCAGCUGAUUCAGUCGUGCCCCUGGAGCUCCUUCGAUAUGCUGAAUAUACGCAUGUGGACCUGCAGAUGAUGCUGUCCCGUCGUGAUCGCGAGCUCGAGGCCAUGAAGGCCGAAUGCGCAGACCUGCAGCGGAGCCGAGCAUACUAUAUGAAUCGGACUCAGGAGUUGCUGCAGGUUACCAAAGACAUGACACACGACUACCAUCGCCUUCGAGACCAGCUUGACUUCAGACCAGGGGCCAAGAACAUGUCGCCCUUUGGCGGCUACACCAUUGCCCUUGGCCGCAACGCAGGUCACGCUAGCGCCUCGUCUGCCCUUGCGAUGUUGGCGGGGUCCGAGGACAGGGGCGGCUUCCGAUCUUACAACAGCGUUGUCAGGUAUGAGCACAGGGCGGCGCUCGGACAGAAAAUACUGCUCAAGAUUUGCUACAACGAAUUCCAGGCGAGUGCUGACAUGGAAGUGCACUGCUUCAAGUUCGACGCGACGAACAGAUUGAAGGGGCUAUAUUCAGUGGGCUGCCCAGACUGGGAACAACGAGCCACCGAAGCCGAGACGGACCAGCGACGCUUCUCGGUGUACGUGUUUGGCACAGACGCGGGCCCCGACAACGUGGCCAUGGGGGGGAUGGUCAGGACGCGCCUUGCACGCGUGAACACGGUUGCUUUCACCAUGACGUUCUGUUUCCUUCACCAGUGCCAUCUUGCAGUCUUGACCAUGCUGUCCAUACUAGAUGCGUUUGCAUGGUUGACCCCCGUGGGCGAUGGCAGCCAAGAAGAAGCUUGUGGACCAGCAGGGCUGUGCGGGCUGAACACAAAAUAUUUUGCUGCAGUGGCGACCGUGGCCAACGUGUGGAGGGGCCCUGGAGUUUCGAAGAGGAUGCGAGCUGCUGCGAGGUCGUUAUACACUGCUCAGGUUGCAAAUGAUUAUUUCGGGCGGGUACCAGGCAGAGUGAUUCGUGGGAGAUGGGGCGCCAUCGAUGCAGUCGAGGCCCUCAUCGUGGCAGGUGCUCCUUUCAUUGGUCCAGUCUUUGCCGAGGUGUUUCCUCCAGCUGCUGCUGACGCGAAGAAGCCCUCUGUGAAGGUCGGCUCCGCGGAGGACGUGCAGUAUCGUGAAGAACAGAAAAAGUACAAGCGCAACGCUGUUGGAUUUACUGGGUCGUCCUUGUUCCAUGUUGUUGUCCUCAUCUCCAGCGUUGCCAAGCAGCCGCUGACGCACUUCCUGCAUUGGGUUCAGAAGGCUACCAAAGACUACAAUGAUGCAGUGAGGAAAGCGCGCGCGGCUGACCAGCGCGCGCCGUACCUGGGCCCCACGCCACUCAGCCAACUUACCACUGGCAAGGCUGCAGAUAUUGCUGAGGAGAUCUCCAACUUGUUGGCCAGUGCAACGGAGAAAGACCACCACUACUGGGGCUCGUUGUGGGGGAAGCUUCAGACACCUCGGCUGCAACAACAAGCCCGCAGUCUCAUCGUGCAUUUGGUCCUGGCAGAAGCUUGCUCCUGGAAGCAUCGUGUUAUCGGUCGCCUGGGCGGGUUUCCAUACCAGCUGUUCCAUCUCGUGCGCGAGGACGCCAACAAGCCUUGCGACCACAGGAAACGCGUCGCGGCCCUCCUCCUGGCCUCGAACGAGUGCUGCCUCACCCUGCCGUUCGACGACUUCACGUUGAAGCUGAAGCGGAACUUCGAGGCGGAACUCCGCGCUGCGUCACAUUCUGGGCGUUGCCCGCCUCGCUUGUUCGCCGUCGUCAUCAUGUAUCGAGCGGCGAUGCCGCUCGAUACGCAGGAGGUGGAGGGGAUGAACAGCAUUUUGAAAGUUAUGUCAGAGAGAGCUCCCUACCUCAAGAUUCCCUUAGCAUCGGCGCGGAUGUCGCUGAAAAAAGGUGAGCCUUCUACGCCAGGCGUGUUCGCCGACAUGCACCGACAAAUCAUGGCAGAGGCCAAGAAGGCCGAGCACUCGGACAUCGUGCGCUUCGACGCCGUCGACGUGCGCAACGCCCCGACCAUCGCCCAGCCCGCGUUGUGCCCCCACCAGACUCCACGGGAUCUCGCGAGUCGGCUCGCUUACGCGUUGGAUGGUUACAAGCAGAUCAACACCUCUGCGACUCAUGUGGUAUCUUGGGGGCCAGGUGUUGCUGUUGCGUUCCUCGCGCCAUGGAGCUACGGGAGGUGCUUAUGGACAGCAGCAUGUGAUGUGAUGACGGUUGCUGGGCUGCGGUCGUUCAAGUUGCGCAUCCCCUUGGAGGUUCAGCCGUUGCACGAGGCGCUUCGGUUUGCGCCUGCCACCGCAGCGCCAGCUGACGGCGGCCGACGGAAGCGCUGCCCUGUGAUCACAGUUACUGAGGAGGAAAUCAUUUGGAAGACUUUGGAUUUGGCGCAAGAAGCGGACGCCCCGCUGAAGACGAUCAUCCUGUCCAGCGAGGGGGAGCUGGGCGAGUCAGACGAGGACGCCGACUACGAUGCGGAGGUCGUCGCCGAGCUCUAUGGGGAGCUGAACGCCGAUGCGGACGACGAGGCCGACGGCGAUGCUGCGGCGACAGCAGUGGAUCCAGGCGGUCACGAGUUGGAGCAUGCAACUGACCAUUUGCUGGACGAGCAAGGGCACGAGGAUUUGCGCUGCGAGGACCCCGCUGGUGAUGCAGAUGACGACAGCGCCGCAGACGCACAGGACGAGGGUGCCACAGACGUUGAGAAUCCGUCCGGCAGCGUCCUGCCCCAGGUCGACAUGGCAACCUUGCGGGAAAGGCACGCGCUCGCGGUGAGGUCGGUUCAGGAAGCGCAGCGCUUGCAGAGAGACCAGACAGAGGACAUGCACCCGCUCCUGCCUGGCGUGAUAUCCCUUGUGCGCAUGCGUGAGACUGACGAGGUCAUCUUCGUCAGGUGGGCCAAGGACGUCGGCGUGUGUCGCCCGCUCGCCCUCGAUGCUCGUGGGGGCAUCAUCUACAUCAUUGGCUACGUGGUGCCGACGAUGCAAAUGACAGACAUGCCUCACGAUGUGCUCAUCCGCGACACAGGCGCCAUAAUGUUGAAGGUGCGUGCGCACGAGCGGCCUCGCAUGCCCGAGUGGUGUCUGACAGUGCAGAAGUACUAUCGUGCUACCAUCCACCCUGGUCCACAGCAGCCAGGCGCAAUGGAGUGUUCUUGGUGCCUGUCCAGCGUUCCUCCAGAAGGCGUCCGAGGCGCAGGUGGCGACAUGAUGGUCUGCGCCACGUGCCUCUUGCCGUGGCACUUGGCCUGCGGUGCUUCCUUCGCCGAA